GGAUUCAGCGAGUGCGGGUCGCCUAUCUUCCUCUCUUCCUGCGGUCGCCGCCUCGCAUCGCCCAAAUGUUGUCGCUGUUUGUGCUGCGUCGCCGUGGAGACGAGAGCGUGGGAAGAGGCCAGGAGCGAUGACGAUCUGGGUUGUGUUGUUAACCUUGUCCUCGACUCUUCUCGCACUAACACUCGCCUCCCUCUCCUCGGCAGUGGUCUCGGGGCGGCGGCGGAGGCGAAGGGCGGUGGGGUUCUUCCAUCCCUACACCAACGACGGCGGCGGGGGGGAGCGAGUGCUCUGGUGCGCCGUGCGGGCUAUUCAAGAGGUCAAUCCGGACGUCGACUGCGCCGUCUACACCGGCGACGACGCCUCGCCUCAGAGCCUCGCCGACCGGGCCCUCGAUCGCUUCGGUGUCAAGCUCUUUCACCCACCUCAGGUUGUUCGCUUGUCUAGAAGGAAGUGGAUUGAUGAACGGACGUAUCCUCACUUCACUAUGAUUGGACAGAGUCUUGGUUCAGUUUAUCUUUCAUGGGAGGCUCUAUGCAAAUUUACACCGCAUUAUUAUUUUGACACAAGUGGUUAUGCUUUUACAUACCCGCUUGCUCGGGUGUUUGGGUGCAAAGUUAUUUGCUAUACUCAUUAUCCAACUAUAAGCUCGGACAUGGUUUCUCGUGUUCGCCAAUGUAGUUCGAUGUACAAUAAUGAUGCUCUGAUUGCCAAAAGCAUUUGGUUGUCCCGAUGCAAAGUCCUCUAUUAUACAUUCUUCAGUUGGCUGUAUGGGUUGGUCGGAUCCUGUGCACAUCUUGCAAUGGUGAAUUCUUCAUGGACAAGAUCUCAUAUUGAAAAGUUAUGGAAGAUUCCUGAACGUACUAGGAGAGUAUAUCCUCCAUGCGAUACUUCAGCUCUUCAGAUGCUUCCGUUGGACAGGCCAGCCAAAUCUCCUAUAAUUAUAUCUGUUUCCCAAUUUCGUCCAGAAAAGGCACAUGCUGUUCAGCUGGAGGCAUUCUCACUUGCUGUUCAAAGACUGGACAAUAACUUGCCUAGACCAAAGCUCCAAUUUGUUGGCAGUUGUCGAAAUAAGGAGGACCAGGCAAGAUUAAAAAAGCUUAAAGAUAGAUCGAGAGAAUUAAAUAUGGAUGACUACAUUGAGUUCCACCAGGAUGUGAUGUACAGGGAGUUGGUGAAGCUUCUAGGAGGUGCUGUAGCAGGGCUUCAUGCUAUGAUAGAUGAACAUUUUGGCAUAAGUGUAGUGGAGUACAUGACUGCCGGAGCCAUUCCAAUUGCCCAUAAUUCAGCUGGGCCAAAGAUGGAUAUUGUUCAAGAAGAAGAUGGACAUCAAACAGGCUUUCUAGCUUCGGACAAAGAAGAAUAUGCUGACGCUAUCCUAAAGAUCUUAAAGAUGCCAGAGACUGAGAGACUUGCUAUCGCAGCAGCGGCAAGAAAGCGUGCUCAGAGGUUUUCAGAGCAAAAAUUCUUUGAAGAUUUUAAGACUGCAAUUUGUCCAAUCAUCUGUGGCUCCAGUGCUCCUUUGUGAUGUGGAAUCGUUCGGUUAUCAUCUGUUCCUUUUUCCUGAGAGGUAUUGGAGCAAAUGGCUUUCUGAGCACAGGCACACUGUAACAGCUUGACACUGCUCAUAUGUGGACUAUUUUCAUCUAUAUUUCCAACUGAGACAUGGAAAGAAGCAUGCACAGAGUGUGCAGCUCCUCUUUAACAUCUCAUUGAAGAAAGUUAGGGAGUUCACUAGUCAUAUGUGAGGUGCAGAAUCUUCUCGACACAAAUUUUUUGAUACAUCUAUUCAUGUACAGUAUAAGAAAGUAUCAGUGCAUAACACAUCAUUGUUACCUUGAGACUCUCAUUGUCAGUCCAAAAUGGAACAAUAUUAUGUUUCUGAAUGUUCUUGACCAUGGAGUCUCUACCAGCCA